UCAGGGGACGACAGGCCGCGCCCCAGCGUUCUUUGCGUACAGGUGGCGAGCUCAGACCUGGGCGCCCGGCGACCCCGGAAGUCCCGCGCAGGGGCAGGUGGGCCCUGGGCCCGGGCGGCCAUGGCAGUGGCUACCGUGGCGGCGUUACUGGCCGCACUGGGUGGGGCCCUGUGGCUGGCGGCCCGGCGGUUCGUGGGGCCCAGCGUCCAGCGGCUGCACCGAGGCGGGGACUCCGGCCUCAUGCACGGGAAGACAGUGCUGAUCACGGGUGCGAACAGCGGCCUGGGCCGCGCCACAGCCGCCGAGCUGCUGCGCUUCGGGGCGCGAGUGAUCAUGGGCUGCCGGGACCGCACGCGCGCCGAGGAGGCGGCGGGUCAGCUCCGCCGCGAGAUCUGCCAGGCUGGGGGCCCCGAAUUGGGGCCUGACUCCGGCGGGGCCGGCGAGCUUGUCGUCAAGGAGUUGGACCUCGCCUCGCUGCGCUCCGUGCGCUCCUUCUGUCAGGAGGUGCUCCAGGAAGAGCCUAGACUGGAUGUUUUGAUCAACAAUGCAGGCAUCUUCCAGUGCCCGUAUAUGAAGACUGAAGAUGGGUUUGAGAUGCAGUUUGGAGUGAACCAUCUGGGGCACUUCCUACUCACCAAUCUUCUCCUUGGACUCCUUAAAAGUUCAGCUCCCAGCAGGAUUGUGGUAGUUUCCUCCAAACUUUAUAAAUACGGAGACAUCAACUUUGAAGAUUUGAACAGUGAACAAAACUAUAAUAAAAGCUUCUGUUAUAGUCGGAGCAAACUGGCUAACAUCCUUUUUACCAGAGAACUAGCCCGCCGCUUAGAAGGCACAAACGUCACUGUCAAUGUGUUACACCCUGGCGUGGUGCGGACCAACCUUGGGAGGCACAUACACAUCCCACUGUUAGUCAAACCACUUUUCAAUUUGGUGUCAUGGGCUUUUUUCAAAACUCCACUAGAAGGUGCCCAGACUUCGAUUUAUUUAGCCUCUUCCCCUGAGGUAGAAGGUGUGUCAGGAAAGUACUUUGGGGACUGUAAAGAGGAAGAACUAUUGCCCAAAGCUAUGGAUGAAUCUGUUGCAGGAAAACUCUGGGAUGUCAGUGAAGUAAUGGUUGGCAUAUUAAAGUAGGAACAAGGAGUAGAAGAGAGCUGUUUGUAAGAAAGACUGGAUGUCAGCUCUAUCGUUUUGUUUUGGGUUUUUUUUGGCUACUCCACGUGGCUUGCGGGAUCUUAGUUCCCCAACCAGGGAUCUAACCUGGGCUCCCAGCAGUGGAAGCAUGGAGUCCUAACAACUGGACCGCUAGGGAAUUCCCUGGAUGUCAGCUCUAUCUUUGAUCGGAAAUGGUGUGGCUUGGGCACUUGCUACUUGAAAACGCAAUUUUGGUUUUACCAUAGUACUGCUAAGAGGUACAUAGAGAUAUUUUGAAGUUACUAAAAAGUUAUUUUUUGGAGAACAUAAAAUUUCAGAAAAGAUGUUUUAAAUAUAUAUAAUAAGCAUAUCAAUGAUUAUAAUGAGUGAUAUGGUUAUAUAUUUUAAAAUUAUAAUUGAACAAGCAUGGAUUACAAAUAUUAAAGAAUUCAGGUACUUGAAAUAGAUACUUUGAGAAGUUUUUCAAAUAUCUUUGAGUUUUAUGGUAUGUUUAAAGUGUUAAAUGUUUUAAUGACAAUACUGGCUGUUGUGGGGAAAUAAUAUGCAUGGUGUGAAUGCACAAUUCUUACUUGGAAUAAAUUUACUGAUGCAAAUU